AUGGCAGUUCUUCUAUAUGCGGUGUCUGGGGUUCCUUCUUCCAAUCAGACUGGUAUCGUCACUUUUAUUGUCUAUGAGCAUCAAGAAGACAACGUUCUUCUUCAGUAUAGUGGGGGUUAUGCUUUAUGUCAAUCUCAUUAUGAUGAGAAAAUGCUUCUCAAAUUUCAACAAUUAGGAAUUAAAGAAGCAAAUACCCCAUAUGACUCUUCAUUUAAAUUAACUGAGAAUGCUAGUAAAGCAGUUGCUCAGUUAGAAUAUGCUAGUGCAAUUGCUCCCAAAGCCAAGAAGAAACCCACUGAGAAGAAGCGCGCUGAGGAGAAGAAAUCGACGGUUGCGAAGAAAUCUCCAACCGAGAAGAAGCCCAAGGCCGGAAAGAAGCUCCCUAAGAAAGGUGCAGUUGGCGCCUCGAACAAGAAGAAGAAGCAGACCAACAAGAGUGUCAAGACCAACAAGAUCUAUAUCUUCAAGGUGCUUAAACAGGUCCACCUCGAUAUCGAGAUCUCUAGCAAGGCCAUGGUGGAUCUGAACAACUUCAUUAAUGAAAUCUUCGAGAAGCUCGCUCAGGAGGCUUCUCGGCUCGUGAGGUACAACAAGAAGCCCACCAUCACCUCUUGGGAGAUCCAGAUCGCGAUGCACCUCGUGCUACCCGGUGAACUCUCCAAGCACGCUGUUUCUGAGGGGACCAAGGUGGUCACCAAGUUUCCUAGCUCUUAG